UUGGUCUCUCUCUCUUCCUUCCUUCUGUGUGUUAGUCUCUCUCUUCCUUCCUUCUGUGUGUUAGUCUCUCUCAUCCUUCCAUCCGUAUUUUGGUCUCUCUCUUCCUUCCUUCGGUGUGCUGGUCUCUCUCUUCCUUCCUUCUGUGUGUUGGUCUCUCCCUUCCUUCCAUCUGUGCGUUGGUCUCUCUCUCCCUUCCUUCUGUGUGUUGGUCUCUCCCUUCCUUCCUUCUGUGUGUUGGUCUCUCUCUUCCUUCCUUCUGUGUGUUGGUUUCUCUCUUCCUUCCUUCUGUGUGUUGGUCUCUCUCUCUCCCUUCAUUCUGUGUGUUGUUCUCUCCCUUCCUUCGUUUUGUAUGUUGGUCUCUCUCUUCCUUCCUUCUGUGUGUUGUUCUCUCUUCUUUCAUUCUGUGUGUUGGUUUCUGUCUCCCUUCCUUCUGUGUGUUGGUCUCUGUCUUCCUUCCUUCAGUGUGUUGUUCUCUCUCUUCCUUUCUUCUGUGUAUUGGUCUCUCUCUUCUUUCCUUCUUCUCUCUCUUCCUUCCUUCUGUGUGUUGGUCUCUCCCUUCCUUCCUUCCUUCCUUCCUUCUUUCUGUGUGUUGCUCUCUCUUCUUCCUUCCCCUUCUGUGUGUCGGUCUCUCUCUUCUUUCUUUCAGUGUGUUGGUCUCUCUCUUCUUUCCUCUGUGUGUUGGUCUCUACCUUCCUUCCUUCCUUCCUUCCUUCCUUCCUUCUGUGUGUUGGUCUCUAUCUUCAUUCCUUCUGUGUGUUGUUCUCUCUUAUCCUUCCUUCUGUGUGUUGGUCUCUCUCUUUUUUCCUUCUGUGUUGGUCUCUCUCUCCUUCCUUCUCUGUGUUGUUCUCUCUCUUCCUUCCUUCUGUGUGUCGGUCUCUCUCUUCCUUCCUUCUGUGUGUUAGUCUCUCUUCCUUCCUUCUGUGUAUUGUUCUCUCUCUUCCUUCCUUCUGCGUCUUGGUCUCACUUUUCUCCUACUUUGUGUUGGUCUCUCUUCUUUCCUUCGGUGUGUUGGUCUCUCUCUCCCUUUCUUCUGUUAUCUCUCUUCCUUCCUUCUGUGUGUUGUUCACUCUUCUUUCCUUCCGUGUGUUGGUCUCUCUCUUCCUACUUCUGUGUGUUGGUCUCUCUCUUCCUUCCUUCUGUGUGUUGGUCUCUCCCUUCCUUCCUUCCUUCCUUCCUUCCUUCCUUCCUUCCUUCUGUGUGUUAGUCUCUCUCUUCCCCUUCCUUCUGUGUGUUGGUCUCUCCCUUCCUUCCUUCCUUCCUUCCUUCCUUCCUUCUGUGUGUUCUCUCUCUUCCUUCCAUCUGUGUGUUGGUCUCUCUCUUCUUUCUUUCUGUGUGUCGGUCUCUCUCUUCUUUCCUUUUGUGUGUUGGUCUCUCUCUUCCUUCCUCUGUGUGUUGGUCUCUACCUCCCUUCCUUCCUUCCUUCCUUCCUUCCUUCCUUCCUUCCUUCCUUCCUUCUGUGUGUUGGUCUCUCUCAUACUUCCUUCUGCGUCUUGGUCUCACUUUUCUCCUACUGUGUGUUGGUCUCUCUUCUUUCCUUCUGUGUGUUGGUCUCUCUCUCCCUUCCUUUUGUGUGUUGGUCUCUCUCUUCCUUCUUUCUAUGUGUUGGUCUCUUCCUUCCUUCCUUCCUUCCUUCCUUCCUUCCUUCCUUCCUUCCUUCCUUCCUUCCGUCUGUGUGUUAGUCUCUCUCUUCCUUUUUUCUUCGGAAAGACGAUUUUUAUCACAAUUCCUCCAUUACUAGAAAAUAUAUUUCUUCUGCGUUUCUGCUUGUCUUCUCGCGUCUCUCUCUGUCUCGCCUCCUGUCUUACUUCUUUUGGCACCUCUCUCUCUCUUUCUCUGUCUCCCCUACUUCUGCGCGUAUGUGUGUCUCUGUCUCUCUGUAUAAUUUCCUUCUGCGUGUGUCUUUCUUUGUCUUCAUUCCUCUCUUUUACGUCUCUCUCUCUCUCUCUCUCUCUGCCUUCCUUCUUUCCUUGUUUCCGUCUCUCUUUCUCCUUUUUUCUCCUUCUGUCUGUGUGUCCGACUCUCUCUCUCUUCCUCUCUCUCUUUCUCUCACUCGUUCUUUCUUCUAUGUGUGGGUCUAUCUCUAUAUAUUCUUCCUUCUCUCUGUGUGUUUCUCUCCCUCUCUCUUUCUUCAAUGUAUGGUUUUCUCUCUUCCUUCCUUCUGUGUUCGUCUCUCUCUCUUUCUCUUUAUUCCUUCUGGGUUUUGGCCUCUCUCUCUCUCUCUUCAUUGAUUCUAUUUCUCUUUCCCAAACUCCCUUUCUUUUGUAUGUAUGCGUGCCUCUUCCUCUUUCUCUGUCUUUCCUCCAUUUUACGUGUAUUUCUCUCUCUCUCUCUCUUCCUUUCUUCUACAUGUUCGUCUCUCUCUUUCCCGUUUCCACCUUCCUUCUCUGUGUGGGUCUCAAUCUUUCUUUCAUUCUCUUCCUUCAGUGUGUGCGUCUCUCUCUCUCUCCUUUUACCUCUUUCCGUCUUUCCACUCAAAUCUCACCUUCAUUUUCUUCUAUAU